AUGGGCCGGAGCUGCUCCUUCCUCCUGCUGCUGCUCCUCCUGCCCCCGGGGCCGGGAGCCGCCUUCUCGCUCCUGCGGUACCGCUACGAUUGCGGGGACUACGGCAUGCAGCUGCUGGCGUACCCCACCCGCGGCCGCACCGUCCGCUUCAAAGUCAUGGACGAGUUCGGCACCCGCUUUGACGUGGCCAACUGCUCCAUCUGCCUCCACUGGCUCAAUGCUGGGGCGGACGGUGCCGUCAUCUUCUCCUCCGGCUACGAGGGCUGCCACGUCCUGGUGAAGGAGGACCGCUACGUCCUGAGGGUGCAGCUGGAGGAGAUGCUGCUCAGCGGGAUCCUGGCUGCCUCCUACGAAGUCAACAUGACCUGCCCGCAGCCGGGGGACUACGAGAUCCUCACCGAUGGCAACGCACGCACCGAGCACCGGGGCAACAACGUCCACCAGACCCAGACUGACGUCCUUGUCCCCCUGUCCCAGCCUGGCCUCCUGCACCACGUGUCCCAGUCCGCUCUCUCUGUCCCGGGACCCCAGCUCUCUCCCCAAGCCCACUCGGAGCAGGUUCACCCCGUGGCUCGGACCCAGCCUGUCCUGGUGCACCCCGGGCUGCAGCCCCAAGCCCAGCCCAGCCUGGUUCGCCCAGGGCUUCAGCCCCAGCCUGGCAUGGUUCACCCCAUCGCCCAGCCCCAGCGGGGCUUAAUACGCCCGGGCAUGCAGCCCCCAGCCCAGCCUGGGCUGCUGCACCCCGGAGCUCAGCACCAACCAGGUCUUCUCCGCCCAGGGGUUCAGACCCAAAACCAGCCGGGGUUGGUGCACCCUGGAGCUCAGCACCAACCAGGUCUUCUCCGCCCAGGGGUUCAGACCCAAAACCAGCCGGGGUUGGUGCACCCUGGAGCUCAGCACCAACCAGGUCUUCUCCGCCCAGGGGUUCAGACCCAAAACCAGCCCAGGCUAGUGCACCCUGGAGCUCAGCACCAACCAGGUCUUCUCCAUCCAGGCCUUGUGCGCCAAAACCAGCCUGGGCUGGUGCACCCUGGCGUCCAGUCUGGCUUAAUGCAUGCUGGAGCUCAGACUCAGUCAGGCUUUGUACGCCCAGGAGCUCAGCCCCAAAGCCAGCCGGGCUUAGCUCGUCCCAACCUUCAGACCCAUUCCCAAGCUGGUCUCCUGCGCCCUGGGCUCCAGAGCCAAGCUGGGCUGCCUCACCCCGGCUCCCAGUCCCAGUCUCAGUCCCAACCAGGCCUGGUGCGCCCGGCUCUCCAGAGCCAAGCCGGGCUGGUGCACCCCGGCCAUCCCCGACCGGGUUUAGUGCGCCCAGGACUCCAAUCCCGACCAGGUUUGGUACGCCCUGGCCUUCAGGCUCAGCUCCAGCCGGGUCUGGUGCGCCCAGGACUGCAACCCCAAGCCCAGCCUGGCUUGCUGCGUCCUGGGCUUCAAUCCCAGCCCAGUCUGCUGCAAUCCACGGCUCUCUUCUACCCCUCGGCAGGGGCAGGCACCCAGCUGACGCGGGAGCAGUGCCAGGUGGCAGCGGGGAGGAUGCCCUGCGUGGCCCCGCAGGGCCGGGAAGCGUGCCUGCAGGCGGGCUGCUGCUACGAUGACAUGGACCGCAUGGCGCCCUGCUAUUACGGCAACACAGCCACGGUGCAGUGCCUGCUGGACGGGCACUUCGUCCUGGUGGUGCCGCGGGGCAUCGUCACCCAGCCCUACAACCUGGACAGCGUCCGCCUCGCCAGCACCCAGGCCGGCUGCGAACCCGUCAGGGUGACGGAGACCUUCGUGAUGUUCCGCUUCCCCGUCACGCAGUGCGGCACCACCGUCCAAGUGAUCGAGGACCGGCUGAUCUACGAGAACCAACUGAUCUCUACCAUCGACGUCCAGGGGUCCCCCCGCGGCUCCAUCACGCGGGACAGCACUUACAUGGCCGUGCCCCCCCGGCCCGCCCCCAUGGCCGUGCUGGGGCCGCUGGGGCUCCAACUGCGCAUCGCCACCGACGAGAACUACAGCUCCUACCACCCCGACGGCGAUUACCCCUUGGUGAGGGUCCUCCGGGACCCCAUCUACGUGGAGGUUCGCCUCCUGCAAAAGACGGACCCCAACCUGGUGCUGGUCCUGCACCACUGCUGGGCGUCCCCCAGCACCGAUGCGGCGGCCGAGCCCCAGUGGCCCAUCCUGGUGGACGGGUGCCCCUUUGCAGGGGACAACUACAGGACGCAGCUCGUGCCCGUAGGGCCGGCCUCGCCGCAGCUGCCCUUCCCGAGUCACUACCAGCGCUUCGUCAUCUCCACCUUCACCUUCGUGGAGCCUCCCUCCAUGGCAGUGCUGGAGGGAGAGGUGUAUAUCUCGUGCAGCGCUUCCGUGUGCCACCUCGCGCAGCCCGAGCCCUGCCGGCCCUCCUGCCAGCUGGGAGUGCCCUCACGAGCACGUCGGUCUCCGGGGGACAGGAGGACAGCCGGAGCCGUGGGCACCGUCACCUCCCAGGGACGCAUCAUCUUCCCAAAGGUCCCCAAGCUGCCGAGAGGCUGA